AUGAUUAUUAUAAUUAUUGGAGUAGCAUUUCUAGUAGGAAUUGUUGGAUGGGUUUAUGUAGCAUUGAAACCUCCAGCAUCAAAGAUAUGUGGAACACCAAAAGGGCCUCCAAUAACUUCACCUAGGGUUAAGCUCAAUGAUGGCAGACAUUUGGCCUACAAAGAAUUUGGAGUUCCUAAGGAAAUGGCUCAACACAAAAUCAUUUUGUCACAUGGCUAUGAUACUUCCAAACAUAUGCACAUAGCUCUUUCUCAAGAACUCAUGGAGGAACUUAAUGCGUGCAUUAUAUUAUAUGAUAGAGCUGGAUAUGGAGACAGUGAUCCAUAUCCAUCACGUACAGCUAAAUCUGAAGCAUUUGACAUUCAAGAAUUGGCAGAUAAAUUGGAGCUUGGUACCAAAUUUUAUGUAAUUGGAUGUUCAUUGGGAGCCUAUCCUAUUUGGAGUUGUCUUAAAUACAUCCCACACAGACUCAUAGGAGCUUCCUUGGUAGUUCCUUUUGUGAAUUAUUGGUGGCAUGCAACUCCAUCAGCUUUAUUAACAAAGUCAUUUAAGCAGCUUCCUAAAUCUUUCCAACUUGCAUUUGGAAUUGCACAUUACACACCAUGGUUAUAUUUUUGGUGGACUAAACAAAAAUGGUUCCCAUCAAUGGUGGAUGAAGGAAUGUUCACUGAUUCUGAUCUAGAAUUAUUCAUGGGAGUAAUGGACUGCCCAAAUAAUCAUCCGGAAAAAAGAAGAAAACAAGGUGAAUAUGAAUGUCUUCACCGAGACAUAUUGGUUGCUUUUGGAAAAUGGGAUUUUGAUCCAAUUGAAUUGACCAAUCCAUUCACUCACAAUAAGGGCUGUGUUCAUAUGUGGCAAGGCAGUGCAGAUCGUGUAGUCCCAGUUGAACUUAAUCAUUUUAUAGCAAAGAAACUUCCAUGGAUUCAAUAUCAUGAGAUUCCCAAUGCUGGCCAUUUAUUAGUUCAUGACGAUGAAAGCUUUGAAGCCAUACUAAGGGCACUUCUAGCUGGAUAA